AUGCUGAACGAGUUCCUCCCGCUGCUCCACGGGCCGCCAAGGAAAAGCUUUCGGAGUCAGGGCAGCCCCGAGGCCUCGGUCCCUGUGAGGAGCGCCGGGAUGAGGAAAACGCUGCGGGAAGGGAAGAGAGUGAGGGAAGGGCCUGGGAACCAGGCAGGGAGGGCUCCGCACGGGGGAACGAACGCGCGGCCGGGACGGGAGGGCCGGGCCAGGCCAAGCCGUGCCCAGGGUCCCGAAUUCCAGAUCCCGGAUCCCAAAUCCCGAACCCCCGGUCCCGGUCCCGAGGUCCCGGCCUCACCUCAGCCGCCGCCGCCCGCGCGCGCGCACUGCCGCCCUCCCCCCGCGAUUGGCCGGUUCGAACGCGCGUGGCGCUGCGUCCCCGACGUGCGCCGCGAGCCCGCCGCCGCGGGGCGUGCCGGGAGUUGUAGUCCGCCGCUCCCGGGGCAGUGGCGAGUCCGAAAGGCGAAGCGGGGCCGUGUUCCCCAGCCGGGCUGCCGCUACCGCGGGGCUGUGGCUCAAACCCCGGCUGUGGAGCGCGGGGAGCGCGUUCUCCUUCCCCGCAUGGCAAAACGCCUCAUUUAUCCCGUCGGCUGUUACAGCCCCGGCGCUCGGCACGGGCCGGAGCUCGGAGCCGGUGGCCGCAGUUCGCUCGGGAUUUACCGGUUUGCCGUGACCCACGGGGGCCGUCGAGGAUGCCCAGUGCGAACCCGAGCCGCGGAGAGCAGCGACCAGUCCCCGGUAGCACCGAGCCCAUCACCGCGGCUUCCACCGAAACACUCCGAAAAACAGAAAAAAAAAAGUCCCCGUUUAACGAAACUUUCCGGGAAAUGCCCCUCAUCUCCCAGCCGAGAGAAGGGCAGCGAGCCCCCGCCGGCCCCGGCACGGGCGGACGGUCGGGCCCGGCUGGGAUUCCCUGCAGGAAACGAGAUAAGGAGCAAAAAUUCCGGAAAAACAAACCCUCGGCGUUACGAGUCGUUUUGGCUCUCCCGUGCAUCGAUCCCGGGCCCUUCCCGGCCCGGCCGCGGGGCACCCCCGGUGCCGGGGUCCCCCUCGGGGACACGCGACCGAGGUGGCAAAUGUACAAACGAGGCUUAA